UUGUCCCCAGUCCGCUCUGGUUAACCUUCCCGUUUCUGCGCAGCCUGACCCGGGACAAAGCCUUACCCAGUCUGCUCCCCCCCCCACCCUCAAAAGUGUGUUCUCUUGCCCUGCUAAGAGCAGCAUGUCUGAUUACGGUGGUCUUUCAUCUAACGGUGUUAGCGGUGAGGCGAAAAAAGACGCUUUUGCCGAUGCGUUACAGCGAGCCAGGCAGAUAGCAGCUAAAAUUGGAGAAGGUGCGCCGCCGGUGACGAACAACAAAGGAGCAGAGAAUUAUCCAUUCACAGCGCAAAAACGAUCCCUUGAAGGAGGAGAUGAACCUGAUGCUAAGAAGUUAGCGCCACAGAGUGACAUGGAUUCAGCAAUGUCUAUUGGAGCUCAGCUAGCUGCUUUGUCCCAACAAAGUGUCAGGUCUUCUACAGUCACAGAGGAGUUUGCAGUGCCUGAUUCCAUGAUUGGUCUCAUCAUUGGCAAAGGAGGUGAACAAAUAAACAAAAUACAACAUGAUUCUGGAUGCAAAGUCCAAAUCGCUCACGAUGGUGUUGGUCUUCCUGAAAGGAAUAUUUCUCUGACAGGAUCAGCAGAUGCCGUAAAGAGAGCCAGAGCACUUAUAGAUGACAUAGUGUCUAGGUCUCGUGAGUCGAGCCACAUUCAGUCGAGUUCUAUGCAAGAACUCAUCAUUCCUGCGAGCAAGUGUGGUCUCAUUAUUGGCAAGGGAGGAGAAACAAUCAAACAGCUACAGGAGCAAGCUGGGGUUAAAAUGAUGCUUAUUCAAGAUCCAUCACAGCCGCCUAACAUCGAUAAACCCCUACGCAUCAUGGGGGACCCCUUCAAAGUGCAGCAAGCAAUGGAGAUGGUUAAUGAAAUCCUACGAGAAAGGGAUCGUCCCGGCUUUGGAGAAAAGAACGAAUACGGGUCAAGGAUGGGAGGACGUGGCGGCAUCGAGGUAGCUGUGCCCCGGCAGUCUGUGGGAGUCGUGAUUGGUCGUAAUGGAGAGAUGAUCAAAAAGAUCCAGAGUGAUGCUGGAGUGAAGAUACAGUUUAAACCAGAUGACGGCACGAGUCCUGAAAAGAUUGCCCAUAUUAUGGGCCCCCCAGACCAGUGUCAGCAUGCUGCUUCCAUCAUCACUGAACUGCUGCAGAGCAUCCGUACCCGAGAUGAUGGCGGGCAAGGCGGACCCCCAGGUGGAGGAAUGCCACCUGGAGGCCGAGGGCGGGGUGGAGGCCAGGGCAACUGGGGCCCUCCGGGAGGAGAGAUGACCUUCUCCAUCCCUGCACACAAAUGUGGACUCGUCAUUGGCCGAGGAGGAGAGAACGUCAAGGCUAUCAACCAACAAACCGGAGCGUUUGUUGAGAUAUCUCGUCAGCCGCCGCCUAACGGUGACCCGAACUUCAAGCUGUUCAUCAUCAGGGGGGCCCCACAACAAAUAGACCACGCAAAACAGCUCAUAGAAGAGAAAAUUGAGGCUCCUUUGUGUCCUUUGGGUGGUGGCCCUGGUCCAGGAGGUCCUGGAGGUCCAGGAGGUCCUGGAGGUCCAAUGGGUCCCUAUAAUCCUAACCCUUAUAAUGCAGGACCACCCGGUGGAGGUCCACACGGGGCACCACCUGGUGGUCCCCAAUAUGCUCCCCAGAGCUGGGGAAAUGCUUACCAACAGUGGCAAACUCCAAAUCCACAUGACCCCAAUAAGGCUGCAGGAGACCCGAACGCAGCGUGGGCUGCAUACUACGCUCAGUACUAUGGCCAACAGCCAGGGGGCGCCAUGGCAGGUCAGGCUCCAGGUGCUCCUGCUGCAGCAGCACCGGACCAGGGCCAAGCAGCGCAGCAGUGUGGGGGUCAGCCUGACUAUUCAAAGGCCUGGGAGGAAUAUUAUAAGAAGAUGGGCAUGACUCAGCCAGCGGGGGGGCAAGCGGCUGCUCCAGGCACAGCAGCAGCAGCACCCUCAGCAGCUGCAGCAGGUGGAGCUGCUGCUGGCGGGCAGCAGGACUACAGUGCAGCCUGGGCUGAGUAUUACAGACAGCAGGCCGCCUACUAUGGACAGGCAGGCCAGGCUCCUGGGCAAGCAGCCGCUCCACAGCCGGGACAACAGCCCCAGUAAACACAAUGACCUGUUGGACGGAUGUAAAGGAUCUCAGGAUGUUGUUUUUUUUUCUCCCCCCCCCCCCUUGGCUUUAACAAGGCAAGACUAUAAUUUGCUCAUCCACCGAGAUAUGUUUCUUUAAAACUGCUGGUUUAUUUGUUUUUAAAGUCAGAAUUGAAGAGAAAGAGAAGGGGAACAAAGCACUAAUACCUCCCCUUGUAAAUUUUCUGUUUCCCCUUUACUCCAUCCAUUCACACCAUAUAAUUCAUCUAAUUGUUUUUAAGAUUUUAUUUUGUCCUUUCUAAAUAAAAUGUAAAUGAGCAAAUUUGUUUGCAAGCUACAAGAACAGCUUCUUAAUACUGACUCAUUCAGUAUUUCCCUUCAGCUUUCAGAAAGGGCAAAAAUAAAUGUCUUGCAGUAUUUUGAAUUUAAUCAAAAACUAUGGUUGUAUGAAAGAUGAUCGCAAACACGUUUUCCUGGUACUUUUUCUUUUUCACUGUUUAACUGCAGGUGGAUUUAUCACUGCUCUGUCAGUUCUUAAUUUCAUUAUUUGUCUUUUUUUUUUUCUCAAGGGAGGUCUUAUGUGUUUGUAUACAGUUUAUGCUACUAAGCAGAAAAAUGUGUACACGGUGGCUGUAAUUAGGCACUAAUUAUCCUACUACAGUAUAUGUAGGUUGGUUGUGUGUAGAUUUAUGCAUCUGUGUGAUU